AUGGCUAAGAUUAAUUGUUUGGCAGAUGUUUGCAUGGUACCAGUUGGUACUGGAAGUGCAUCUAUUUCAGACUAUGUUGCUAAAAUAGAAGCAAAGAUACGUGAAAGUCCUUUGAAAAGUACUUUGCACAGUGCUGGGACCACGAUUGAGGGACCAUGGGAUGAAGUCAUGGGUCUAAUUGGUGAAUUACAUGAAUAUGCGCAUGGCAGCUUGGGAUUAGUUAGGAUUCACACUGAUAUUAGAGUUGGUACAAGAACCGACAAAGCUCAGACUGCGCAAGAUAAAGUUAAUGUUGUUUUAAAGAAAAUCGCAGAUCCUAAAUAA